CAAUUUCGAUACUCACCGCCUUCUGCCGCUAGACCACACAAACACGAUACAACAACGCCGGCUUACGUUAUUGAAACGUCUCGGAGGCUUGCUCAUUUCCCUCGCUCAGCGGCACACGACACUUAGAAGGGGAGAUCGGUGAGAGAAGAAGAAGCUCACACGCUCACAAGAUUCAUACGGUACAAGCAUGUCGCUGCUACAGUCCUUCCGCAACCUCUCGCCCCGCGCCCGCAUAGGCGUCGGCCUAGGCCUGCUGGCCUGGCGCGCCAUCGGUCUGCAGCUGGCUGAUCGGGCCGAGGCGCGGUACGGCUUCACGCCCACCGAGGACGACAAGGCCGCGCUCGCCAAGAUACUGCCGAGCGUCACCGCCGUCGAGAGAAAGAACGAAGGGGAGGGGCCCAGUGGUGGUGAUGAUGGUGGCGACGGUGGCGGAAAGCAGCGGUGAACGAAGGGAUCGAUCGUGAACUGCACCGGAAACACAACGGAAGGGGGAGGGGAAGGGAAGAGGCGGGAAAGGCUUGUGAUAGCCUUUCUACCGUAGGCUGGCUGGCUGGCUGGCUGGCUGGCUGGCUG